AUAAUUUUGUUACACUUAGAUCUGCUGACGCAAACGUAUAUUUGAUAGGAAAAUGUGAAAAAAAUAUACUUGGAAGCAAGUUACCGUAAAAACUACAAGUGCUGAAAUGUUUUUUUUACUAUGUGCGGUGUGAAAAGAAAACAAUUAAGGAAAGUGCUAAAUUGGCUUCGAAGGAAAUAUUGCCUUUUUGGGAAAGAGCACGUAUUCCAACGUUAAACAAAAGAACUUGUGACGAUAAAUUAGUGAAAUUAUAUGAUGAGUGGAGAACAGUACAGAAAUUUUGUACAUCUUCGUUUCCUAGUUCUCGUAAAAAGGAAAAUGAUUUCAAUGAUAAUUUGAACAAUUUAUUCGAUAUUGCACAUGCUGAUGCUUUAGAAAUGAUAGCUAUUCCUGAGGACCGAGACUUUUUAAUUAAACAAAGAGAGCCAGGUCGUGUUGGGAGCAUGAUUUCUAUAGAUCAAUGUCUCGCAAAUAAAGAAAAACGGAAGGCGCAAAGGUUAGAAGAAGAAAAUCGACGCAGAGCAAAGUAUCAAAGAUUGGAAAGCACUCAAGAGUUGAGUGUAGACUAUGAUGUAAGUGACGAAAGUAAAUGUGAGUCUGAAAACUCUGUAGAACAGUUGAGGAUCGUAUCAAACACCAACGAGCUGAAAAAAAAACGUGGUAAAAAAAGCUUCAUAGAUGAUAGAAUGCUUGCUUGCAUGGAUGCUGGCAAUAUGUCAACCCCACUCGCAAUUCAUUUUAUUAUUGCAACAGCUAAAGCUUUGGGUCACAAUAUUGAAGAUCUGGUUAUUAAUUGUACAAGUUUGAGAAAACAGCGCAAGGAAUAUCGUCGGCGUCAUGGUACAGAAAUUAUUGAGAAUUUCAAGGUAUAAAAGUUAAUUUUGGAUUUGUUAUGAAUACUUCUCAGAGCGAAAAUUUUUCAGAUCCCUGAUACAUUUGUGUUACACUGGGACGGUAAACUACUUCUUGCAAUGACUGGAAAGGAAAAAGUAGAACGCCUAGCUAUUGUUUUAACGGCAGAUAAUAUAGAAAAAUGAAUUUCCAUCCCAAAUAUUGAAUGUGGAACUGGUGAAGCAAUCGCCCAGUCCAUAUAUAAUUACUUAGAAAAAUAAAAUAUAAAUGAUAAAUUCGGUGGAAAUGGUAUGCUUUGGCACGACAGCUACAAACACUGGUAAACGUAACGGGGCUGGAAUGUUGCUGGAACAAAAAUUGAAACGUAGCUUGUUGUGGUUGCCAUGCAGGCAUCAUAUUGCAGAAAUCAUACUACGAGCUGUAUUUGAAAUAUAUUUUGGAAAAUCUUGUGGCCCGGAAGUUGCCAUAUUUGAACGUUUUUCGCAGGAAUGGAACACUUUCAAUUUAAAAGAUUUUUCAAUUGGUAUCAUGGACGAAGAAGUGCGACGUGCUAUAAAUGCAGAGGAAUGUGAAGCCAAUAAAGAAUUUUGCAUCAAAAAUAUAGCAAAAGACCACAUUCGCCAUGAUUACAAAGAGCUAUUGCAACUCAUGUUUAUUUUCUUAGGUGGCAGCAUCCCGAACUUUUCCUUUCGUGCACCUGGCGCGACGUCACAUGCCAGGUUUAUGUCAAAAGCGAUAUAUGCCUUAAAAAUGUUUGCUUUGCAAAAACAAUUUAAAAUGUCUUCCAGCCAUUUGAAUGGAUUCCGCAAUGUGUGUAUUUUCCUGGUGCGUCUUUAUAUUCCGUAUUGGUUUCGAACUACUAAUGCAGUCGAAGCACCAAAUUUGGAUUUGCAGCUGAUAAAAAACAUUGCCGGUUAUUACGACCCAAAAAUAUCUCUAGCCUUAUUAGAUAAAAUGAAAAACCACUUAUGGUAUCUGUCCGAGGAAGCCGUUGGUCUCGCCUUUUUCGAUUCUAAUGUGGACUUAAAUGUGAAAAGAAAGAUGGUUGAAGCACUAGCAUUAGAAAAAGAGUUUGAAAGCAAUGACGACAAUGGCGUUUAUCUGCGUAAAAAUGUAAAUGCCAGCACUGAAGAAAUGAAAGCAUUCAUAAGUAAAGAUUUAAGUUGUUUUGUAACGGAAAGAACUAGAAAUAUCUUUUCACGAUUGGAAAUAGACGUAAAAUUUUUCAACUUAGAUCCCUCAAACUGGUGCGAAAAUGCAGAAUAUUUAAAAGGUGUUCAAAUCCUCAAAAACGUCACUGCUGUUAAUGAUUCUGCUGAGAGGAAAGUAAAACUAAUAACAGAUUUUAACCGGUCUUUAACUCAUAGCGAAGAAGAUAAACAAUACUUGCUUCAUAUUGUCGAGAACUACAGGCAAAAGUUCCCUUCAUAUACUAAAACUUCGCUUUUGUAAUAUUCUUGAGACAUAUAUUAAUGAUUGAAAUGCAAAUUGUGGAAAAAUUGCGUCAUUUUAUUUUUUCUUUAAUAAAUAAACAGAUAACAGUAAAAAAACCAAGGGUUUUUCUAUAUUUUGACCUUUGACCUCAUUAUGGCACAGGUUGGCACACUCUGAUUGAGUUAAAAAUUUACCACAUGAAUUAUUACAUCGAAUCGCAUAUUUGACCAAUCCCCGUACUCAAAAUUCCAAAAAAAAAAAAUAACGCCAGGUCUAAUG